AAUAUACUAUUAUGAAUGACAUGUCUUCUUCAUCUUCUUAUACACUCUUAGUUAUUUUUCUUCAUAAUGCUGAUAUAUUUGUUUUUAUUUAUAUAAAAUCUUCAUACAUUGACAGAUCUGUGUCUGCUGAUAAUAGUGAACUCAAUAUUGAAUUAUUGAUCAAGAACUUAAAGAAUGUGAUAAUAAAGAAAUUGUCUGUACUAUAUAUAACUAAGUCUUCUAUGUCUCUCUCUGCCUCUUCUACUGCUAUUUCUUCCUCUGCUGCUUCUCUUCAAUCUUCUACUCUUAUCUCUGUUUUCAGUUCUCUCACUUCUGCUACCUCUGUUUCUAUGACUCUCACUCUCACUACUUCUGCUCUCUCUGCUUCUACUAUCUCUGCUUUCAUUAUCAGCUCUCCCUGUUUCAAGAAGAUAUUAUAUAGGCUUAAUGAAUUACAUUUCUCAGUAAUCAUCUCUCUUCUUAACAGUGUUAAGAUUAUGAAGAAUAUCUGUGUUUUCAGAAAUAGAAACACAGAUAUUAUACUCUUUUACACUCACAGAUGUGAGACUUAUAUAUCUU